GGGCACCGUUUCCAUUGCUUACCACAGGAAAUCUGUGCAGGGUUUAAAUACAAGCCAGAGCCUCUUUUGUAAGCAGCUUGUGUGAAAGUGUGUGAAGAGCGUAGCAGCAUGGUCAGCCGUGUGGAGCAUCCUGCUGCCAGCUACAAGAAGAUCUUUGAGUCAGUGGAGGAGCUGAAUGAGCCCAUACCAGCAGUUAUCACCGGUGUUAUCCCGUCAUGGCUGGGGGGAAGUCUUCUCAGGAUGGGUCCAGGUCUCUUCGAGGUGGGAGAUGAACAUUUCCAGCACCUGUUUGAUGGACAGGCUCUCAUCCACAAGUUUGACCUGAAGAAUGGUCAGGUGACUUACUACCGGAAGUUUAUUAGGACAGAUGCCUACGUUCGGGCCAUGACAGAGAACAGAGUUGUCAUCACCGAGUUUGGCACGGCAGCCUACCCAGACCCCUGCAAAAACAUCUUCUCGAGGUUCUUUACUUACUUCAGAGGCAUUGAAGUGACUGAUAACUGUUUAGUGAACAUCUACCCGAUUGGUGAAGACUUCUACGCAGUCACUGAGACCAACUACAUUACCAAGGUUGACCCUGAUUCACUGGAGACAUUAAAAAAGGUGGAUCUUUGUAAGUACCUCUCAGUGAAUGGGGUGACCGCCCACCCCCACACUGAACGAGAUGGCACGGUCUACAACAUUGGUAACUGCUUUGGCAAGAACAUGAGUCUGGCUUAUAACAUUGUUAAGAUCCCACCUGUUCCGAAAGAUAAAUCAGACCCCAUAGAGAAGUCCCAAGUGUUGGUCCAGCUGCCAAGCAGUGAGAGGCUUAAACCCUCCUAUGUACACAGCUUCGGUAUGACAGACAACUAUUUUGUAUUUGUGGAGCAGCCGGUGAAGAUCAACCUGCUCAAGUUCUUGUCAGCUUGGAGCUUCAGAGGAGCCACAUACAUGGACUGCUUUGAGUCCAACGCCAGCAUGGGGACAUGGUUCCACUUGGCCAGUAAAGAGCCAGCGGGUUAUCUGAGUAGUCACAAGUUCAGAACAUCUGCAUUCAACCUCUUUCACCAUAUUAACGCCUAUGAGGACGAAGGAUUCAUCGUUGUCGAUCUCUGCACGUGGAAAGGUCAUGAAUUUGUGUAUAACUACCUGUACCUGGCUAAUCUGAAAGAGGAGUGGGAGGAGGUGAAGAAAGCAGCUGCACGAGCUCCACAGCCUGAGGUCAGACGAUAUGUCCUUCCACUGGAUAUUCACAGGGAGGAUCAGGGGAAGAAUCUGGUAUCUCUUUCAUACACUACAGCGACCGCCGUUCUUGACAGCGACGGUACUAUCUGGCUCGAACCUGAAGUGCUGUUUUCUGGACCAAGACAGGCUUUCGAGUUUCCACAGAUCAACUAUUCAAAGUGUUGUGGGAAGAAGUACUCCUUCGCCUAUGGCCUGGGACUCAACCACUUCAUUCCUGACAGGAUCGUCAAGCUGAAUGUGCAGACCAAAGAGAUCUGGGUGUGGCAGGAGGAGGACAGUUACCCAUCAGAGCCACUGUUUGUGCCAUCACCCGGAGCUACACAGGAAGAUGAUGGUGUGUUGCUGAGCGUUGUGGUAAAGCCAGGUGCGCAGAGACCAGGUUCCCUGCUGGUGCUGGAUGCCAGAAACCUGACAGAGCUCGCCAGGGCAGAGGUCAACACUAUCAUCCCCAUCACCCUGCAUGGGAUGUACAAGCCGUGAAGCUCCGUUUCGUCCAAACAGGUGCUUCAUGAAAUACAGUAGUCUGGCUCUUUUCUCCCACCAUAGACGAGUUUCCAUAUGGAAAUGAACCCCCAUCAUUGCUUUGCAAUGCUGCUAAAAAAAAUAAUCCUCAGCAGUCUCUGUCAUAUGUUACCUGGCCACACAAUGCAUGUUAGUUCUAUUUUUCGUGUAGCUGGUGGGGUGGAGAAGCCCAGCGAAACUAAUAGCAUUACAUCAACCACAUUUACUGCAUAAUCAGUUUAUGUUUAUGUAACUGUUGUUAUACAGCUACAAAUGUACACAGACAGUAGUUUUGCUUGGUUCAAGUAUUUGAAACAAUUUUGGUCAAAUACAGACAAUUUCUUUCCAAUAAUCAUUUCACACAGGAAGUUACCUGCUAAUGUGCAUUUGUUUUGACAACACAUGUUGUAAAAAUAAAUCUGUACAUACAUUCAUCACAAAAUUGGGGCAACGUUGGAACAUGUGAUUUUACUAUAUUUCUUUCUAUGAACUCCUCCUAAAACAUCAGGAGUUCAGCAACCAAGACUGGCUGUGUCCAACCUUAGGCCCAUAUACACUGAGGCUCAUGCUCCUGAAGGAUCUUAAUUUAUUGUAUGAACUGUUGCCUAGCAACCACCUGCCAGAAGACUACAAUGGCCCAUUUAGUGUCCAAAAAUUGCAUGACAUGGCGUCAUUGUGUUACCUAGCAACCACCUACCAAUCGAGUAAAAUUAUAUGAUGAGCAGGAUAUGGGUCUGGCCAUAUACUAAAACCCCCCCACAAAUGUGUCAAUCCAAACCUGAGAUAAACAUUAUAUUAGAAAAAAAGUGAUAUAUUGGAGCAUUCAUGUCCUUUGGAUUAAGCACCAUUGCUUGUUGCGUAUUGACUCUUCAUUGAAUUCAAUCUGAAUCUUCAGAUUUCAACAUCUUUUUAGAAAAUCAACAGCAAAUUGAACAGUGAGAAUGUUAUAAUACCAGAUGAAUAGUUUUGGAUUAACUGCACUUUUUACAUUAUGUUCCUAAACUUCUUUCUGUGUACACACUGUGCUUGUUACAACUUUGGCGCCAAAUACAGUUAAUAUGAGGUAUAUGAAACUUCCACAGUGCUUUGUGAAAGCUAGCUGUUUAUCAUUGACCUUCACGUAUAGGCAGCACUGUUUAUAAGCCAAUUAUAUUGUUGAAUUUAGAAGAAAAAAUGUACAUGUAAAUAAAAAAGUGCUAUGUUUCUACGAUUGGAAAUAAGGCUGGCUGCAGGUCCACAGUUUGCACAACCAGUAUGUCAAAUGUUGGGUUAUUAAACUAAAGCAGAUCUCUGUUUAUUCAGCAGCGUACCACCCUGGCAUCAGCACUCCCACUGACCAACGACAUGUACGCGUCUUCUCUUCUCAUAUUACAUGUAGUUUUUAGUUGAUAUAAGAUGAGCUUUUUAAAUUUUAUGUGAAUGUGUAAUUUCCCUUUUUGGUUAAUAAAAAAAAUUGUGUUCUGUGUUCUUGCUUAAAACAUUACGAACAAAAAACUACACAAAAUGUUAAAAUUCAUGAUAUUUAAACUAAAAAAAAAUAAAAAAAAAUAAAAAAAUUCUAAACUGGGUUGUUUUGGGACCAAACUGACAGAAAUACAGUGCAUGUUUCUAGUCAACUGUUUUUUUAGCAAGACAUAAAAAAAGAUGAUGAAAACUACAAAAACCGGAUGACAUUUCCUUGAGAUGCUUCCUGAACUAAAUUAAAACCAAAACACAGGCUGCACUGAUCUGACAUUUCCAGUUCUGAUCCAAUGCAGAUACCUGGCUUAACUACUAAAGUGAUACUCAUGUUAAAUUAAUAAGAAUUAAUCCUCACUGUGAGGAAGAAACUGGAAAUCAUUCUUUUACAUGUAAGGCUACAGGUAAAAGAAGCCAAUGCACUGCUGUUCAUGCUUUGUGUUGUAAAGAACAAACAAAUGAAUUGAAUGAAUCG